AGUGAACUUUACGCCGCCGGAAAGAUUUGUUGUUAACUGCGCGAACGGAACCGAGAGAGAGAGAGAGAGCGAGCGGUGUUUUAAGGAGUGUUCUUGCCUGUCUGUCCGAGCAAGUGUCUAGCGAAGUGUCUAGCGAAGUGUCUGUGUUAACCGGGGGGGCCGGACUGAACAAGGUCCUGUGCUGAGCAGCGAGAGGCCGUGUCCACGCUCGUGGGGGUCGCCCGAGAUUGACUCUCCCCAAGGAGCGGGGCAGGGCAGGGAAGACGAGAGAGGGGGAGGCCGUGUCCGACAUGCCCACGUUCACCGUGGUGCCACUCAGCGACAAGGAGAAGUCGCAGUAUGACAGCAUCGAGGGUAUCAACCUGGUCGACUACGGCCAGGGACAGCGAGUCGACGCCCACGAUGACGCCAACAGCACGAUCACGUCGGAAACGAGCCGGCAGUUUGGGAACGAGUCGAGCAAGCUUCUAGGUGAUGGCCAGGUGGACAACAGCCUCCUCAACAAUGGCGACAUGGAGCAGGCCAACUCCUACUACGACAAGAACAUGGCCCUCUUCGAGGAGGAGAUGGACACGAGGCCCAUGGUGUCGUCGCUCCUCAACCGCCUGGCGAACUACACGAACCUGCCGCAGGGCGCCCGCGAGCACGAGGAGGCCGAGAACAUGGACAAGCGCAAGGCCAUCAAGUCCCCCAAGAUGGGCACCUUCAUGGGCGUCUACCUGCCGUGCCUGCAGAACAUCUUCGGCGUGAUCCUCUUCCUGCGCCUCACCUGGGUCGUGGGCACCGCCGGCGUCUUUGAGGCCUUCGCCAUCGUCCUGCUGUGCUGCUGCUGCACGAUGCUCACGGCCAUCUCCAUGAGCGCCAUCGCGACCAACGGAGUCGUGCCAGCCGGCGGCUCGUACUACAUGAUCUCGCGAGCGCUGGGCCCCGAGUUUGGCGGCGCCGUGGGGCUCUGCUUCUACCUGGGCACCACCUUCGCCGCCGCCAUGUACAUCCUGGGCGCCGUCGAGAUCCUGCUGUCGUACAUCGCCCCGGCGGCGGCGAUCUUCAGGGGCGGCUCGCCGGCGGACAUGCUGAACAACAUGCGCGUGUACGGCACGUGCUUCCUCACCCUCAUGGCGAUCGUCGUCUUCGUGGGGGUCAAGUACGUCAACAAGUUUGCCAUGGUGUUCCUCGCCUGCGUCAUCAUCUCCAUCUUCUCCAUCUACGCCGGCGUCAUCAAGUCGGCCUUCGCGCCGCCAGACUUCCCGGUGUGCAUGCUGGGCAACCGCGCGCUGUCGCAGCGCACGUUCCAAACGUGCGCCAAGACGGUGGAGGGCCCCAACGGCACGGAGACCACCGACCUGUGGGCGCUGUUCUGCGACUCGCCGCUGCUCAACGCCACGUGCGACAAGUUCUUCGAGGUCAACAACGUCUCCGAGAUCGCCGGCAUUCCCGGCGCGGCCAGCGGCAUCAUCAAAGAAAACCUGUACCACAGGUACCAGCAGAAGGGGGAGCUUCUGGAGAAGAAGUCUGAGCACGACGCGGUGGAGACGUUGCCGCCCGGCGACAACCACCCCUACAUCUCCUCCGACAUCGCCACCUCCUUCAUGUUGCUUGUCGGCAUCUUCUUCCCGUCCGUCACCGGCAUCAUGGCCGGCUCCAACCGAUCGGGCGAUUUAAAAGACGGCCAGAAAUCCAUUCCCGUGGGGACCAUCUGUGCCAUUGCGACCACCUCCUUCGUGUACCUCACGUGCGUCGUGCUGUUCGGGGCCUGUGUGGAGGGCCUGGUGCUCCGUGACAAAUUUGGCGCGGCGGUGCGCGGGAACCUGGUGGUGGGCACGCUCUCGUGGCCCUCGCCGUGGGUCAUCGUCAUCGGCUCCUUCUUCUCCACGUGCGGCGCCGGCCUCCAGAGCCUGACGGGCGCGCCGCGCCUCCUGCAGGCCAUCGCCAAGGACAACAUCAUCCCCUUCCUGCGGGUGUUUGGCCACGGCAAGGCGAACGGCGAGCCCACGUGGGCGCUGCUGCUCACGGCCGGGAUCGCCGAGCUCGGCAUCCUCAUCGCGUCGCUCGACAUGGUGGCUCCCAUCCUGUCCAUGUUCUUCCUCAUGUGCUACAUGUUCGUGAACCUCGCCUGCGCCCUGCAGACGCUGCUGCGAACGCCCAACUGGCGCCCGCGCUUCAAGUUCUACCACUGGACGCUGUCUUUCCUGGGCAUGAGCAUCUGCCUGGCGCUCAUGUUCAUCUCGUCGUGGUACUACGCCAUCGUCGCCAUGCUCAUCGCCGUGAUGAUCUACAAGUACAUCGAGUACCGCGGGGCGGAGAAGGAGUGGGGGGACGGGAUCCGGGGGCUGUCGCUGAGCGCCGCGCGCUUCGCCCUGCUGCGCCUCGAGGAGGGGCCCCCGCACACCAAGAACUGGAGGCCCCAGCUGCUGGUGCUGCUCAAGCUGGACGAGGACCUGAACGUGAAGAACCCGCGCCUGCUCACCUUCGCGUCGCAGCUCAAGGCCGGCAAGGGCCUCACCAUCGUGGGCUCCGUCAUCGAGGGCAGCGUCCUCGAGACGUGCGGCGAGGGGCAGACCGCCGAGCACACGAUCAAGCGGAUGAUGGACAUCGAGAAGGUGAAGGGCUUCUGUCAGGUGGUGGUCUCCUGCAAGGUGCGCGACGGCAUCUGCCACCUGGUGCAGUCGAGCGGCCUGGGGGGCCUGCGGCCCAACGCCGUCGUCAUGGGGUGGCCCUUCGGCUGGCGGCAGAACGAGGACUCGCGCACGUGGAAGACCUUCAUCGAAACGGUGCGCAUCACCACGGCGGCCCACCACGCGCUGCUCGUGGCCAAGAACAUCGCGCUCUUCCCCGGCAACCAGGAGCGCUUCGCCGACGGCAGCAUCGACAUCUGGUGGAUCGUGCACGACGGAGGCAUGCUCAUGCUGCUGCCUUUCCUGCUGCGGCACCACAAGGUGUGGAAGAAGUGCCGCAUGAGAAUCUUCACGGUGGCGCAGCUGGAGGACAACAGCAUCCAGAUGAAGAAGGACCUGGCCACGUUCCUCUACCACCUGCGCUUCGACGCCGAGAUCGAGGUCGUCGAGCUGAACGACAGUGACAUCUCGGCCUACACCUACGAGCGGACCCUGAUGAUGGAGCAGAGGACACAGAUGCUGCACCAGAUGAGGCUGUCAAAGUCUGAGAGGCAGCGAGAGGCCCAGAUGGUGAAGGACCGCCACCUGCUGGCGCGCUCGGAGAGCAUCGUGUCGGAGGACGAGGAGUCGGAGGCGGCGACGGACGUGGUGCCGAGCCCCGAGCGCGUCCACAUGACCUGGACCAAGGAGCGCUACGAGCGAGCUCACCGGCACGCCGCGGCCGCCGCCGCCGCCACGGCGCAGCAAGCGCGCGCCCAGGACGGAGCCGCCGCCGGCGUGGGGACGCCCGACGGCUUCCGCGACCUCCUCAACAUCAAACCGACGCAGUCGAACGUGCGGCGCAUGCACACGGCGGUGAAGCUCAACGAGGUGAUCGUGAGCCGCUCGCACGACGCUCGCCUCGUGCUGCUCAACAUGCCCGGCCCGCCCAAGAACCCCGACGGGGAUGAGAAUUACAUGGAGUUCCUGGAGGUGCUCACCGAGGGACUGGAGCGAGUGCUGCUCGUCCGAGGCGGCGGUCGGGAGGUCAUCACCAUCUACUCGUGAGGUCGCGGGUCACGAGGUCGCGACGCCUUCCCCCCCCCCCCACACCAUCUUCCUGCGCCGCCACGUUCCCCCCUCGCCCCCUCGUCUUCUGCGACACGUCUGCGCUCCGACUCGCGUGUUUGGUGCCGCGUCGUCGUAACGAGCUCUCGGCUUUAGGAUUUCUCUGCUUCCGCUGCGGCUGACGGUCCGCCGUCGAACGGUGGACUUUUCGAUUGUUUUUUUUGUUUCUCUCGGAAACUCCGCGUCUGUGUUGGCGGUCGCCGACUCUGAGAAAGCCGUCCGUCCGUCCAUCGUCGCGUCAGUCCGUCCGCGCGUCCGCACGGACGGACGCGCGUCCGUUCGCACAUCCGUCCAAAUCGGCUCGGCAGACACCGGGUCAGAUCUGACCGAGGCUCCAGACUCUGCCAGGCCGCGGUACCUACGUUGAGCUUCUUUCGCACCGCCGUACGUAGCCAACCGUGCUCAUCGGAGGUGCGGGGGAAAGACGACAACGCUCAACGCAAACCACACCGGCCGCCGCUACUCGCCCGUCUUUCAACAUCGCCCCCCGCGCGGGAAUUGCUCUGUGAUCGAUUGGCGCAUGGGGGUCCUGUGGAUGGGGGGGGGGAGGGCCUGUUUGUUUUGUCCGAUCGUUGACGUUGGUCUUGGUCUGGCCGGCCGGAUCCUGGGGGAGGGGGGCGGUAGCCUAACGAAGGGAAUGCUCUCUUUGUCGUUCGUCACACACGUGUAAAAAAUACUUUUAUUUCGUAGCUGCUGCGCGCACACGUUGCCCGCAGAUCCCUCGCGUCGCUCCGCGUUCCGUCGCCGUGCGCCCCGGCGCCCGCGGGGGUUGUGGGGGCUCUGCUAUGUGGAGCAGUUCGUUGGUCGCCGGCGCAACCAUCAGGUUUAUAAGAUAAUAAUAAUAAUAAUAUAUUUUUAAAAAGUCACGACCAUGUAGUUCCUUGGUUAAGACAGUCGCCAGCUUCGGGCGAGGUUUUGCGAUGCACGGUGGGCGUGAGAGGCGGCGGCGGCGGCGGCGGUGGGGGGGGGGGGGGCUGGCAGAGUUUUCAUCGCGGCCGUCGCGAGCGCUCGUUGUUUCCGGCUCGGCUCGCGACGUCCGCCUGCCGCCGCCGUGUUUUUUGUUGCGUCCUUCCCACAUGCGGCGUGCGGCAGUUGGUUAAAGUGGCAGCAAACCCACGGGCGACUCUCGCGUCGCAACGUGACGUCGCUGAUCGCUCGACGUCAACUCCUAAAGGCGCGCGCCCUCCCAAAAUCUCUACGUGCACUUCCCCCCGCCCCCAACGUUAUUUAUUUAUUGUUACACCGCUCGAAGGUCUCGGAUGUUUUGAACGCCCCCGCGGUGUUCAGCGGCGUCCUCCCCGCGAGAGGCGACGGCUCCCUCGCCGCUCCCCUCGCCCGUCCCUCGGCCGCGGGGGGGGGCGGGGGGGGCGAGCACGAGUCGUGCCGGAUGACUAAUUGGGGCGGACGGAGAUAUUACGAUCAAAAAAAGCGAAAGGGGUGGCCCCUGUGGAUGGGCCGGACUCUGAAUCUCAAAGUCUUUACUUUGACCGCAGGAGGAAUCCGAUGAGCUGUGAAGCUUUUGUUCACAGGUGCCCACGAGCAGGUGCACCGCUGACUCGAUGCUCCUGCUCGGGGAUGGGAGUUGGGGUUAGUAUCAGCUGUAGGCCUGGCUACGUCUGGUGUGAGAUUGGCUUGGAGGCCAGGGGCUCGGGUGUAGCGCCAGAAGCAGCGGCAGCAUCAGGUUGGAGAGGGAUCGGGCCGCUGCUAUCGCCUGCACGGCUCGUUGGGCAAUGCUGCCGUGGGUGUACGAAGGGGGGUUGGCACACAAGUUGAGGGUCGGCGCCGCGUAGCCACGCUGCCCAUGGCGACGCUCCCGCCGUCUUUUGCGAUUCGUCGUUUUCUCCACCCGACCCCCCCCCCCCCCCCCGACGUUUGUUUCUGGACUCUCACGGCGGCGAUCCGCGGCGUUUUUAUUUUUGCGGCGCGCCGAGGAGGGAACCUCGCAAGCGGCUCCGGCCAAGGUGCACGGGGCGGGCGAGGGGAUCGCGGGCCUCACGUUGCCAGUCGCACUUGUCAGUGUUGGCAAGUGGCCUUCUCGUUACUUCAAGGGGGUGACCUCUCCGGCCGUGGGCUGGCCUCGCCCUCGUUGGGGAUCGUCGGUGCGGUGCGGCGUGGCUGCCCGCCCGCCGCCGAUGCUCCGUGGAUUGCCGCCGGUCGAUUUGUCAAGAAACGAAGCCGCUGCUCCUGACGCGCAGUUGAGCGGGGACCGUGCCGUGCCGACGAUCCCCGAGAAGGGCGAAACCUAUGCCACGAUCUGAGCCACGAGGGGCGGCCGCGGAGGGGUGGCGGGCCAGGUGGCCGUGCCACCAUUCCGGUGGAUCGUCACGAUUUCCGGCGAUCGUCGCGAUCCGAUUCGGGAAGGCCAGCGGAGGUGCACCGAGGGUUGGUGGAUCGCACACGCGCUCGCGAUUCUCCCUCCCUGUACCCGGCUUGCCGCGGGCCCCAACUCGGCAAGCCACGGCGUGAGCCUUGGGGGAGCUCCGACGGCGAGCGAGGUUCACGACGGCACGCGCAGUACCCGGCGAAAACCGCCGCAUGCCUAGGUGGAUGCACAACGGGGUCGGCACUUAACCCUGAAGAAGAACGCACAAAACUUGAAUGACGUCGAGCUUCAGAUGUGGAAUGCUGUGCACUAAAGAGACGGAAGUGGAACGUCGAACGGGUUUCCGAAUCGACGCCGGUGCACGUGUUAGGCUUUUUGAAGGCUUGGCGGAUUAAACCGGGAUCCCGAACUUUACCCCCCCACCUCACCCCCCUCGGCGGGUCUUGAUGCGGCCCACGCGAUGACGACGUUGCCCCCCCCCACGCCCCCGAGUGAUUUGGAGCGCGCCGUUGCUCUCGCUGCGAUUCUUGCGUUUGUUCGUUAAAAAAGACGCCCCGCGAGACCGCCGUUUUUGGACGGUGGCUUAUUCACGGACGUUUCACGGGCCGGUCUCGUUGGCGACGAACGUCUCCCAGUGUUCUCGCCCGAUUAUAUUAUUUUUUAAAAUAUAUCCUUUUUCCAUCGGCCGUCGGAGCUCCCGCAGCGCAACUGCCAAAAACCUUCGCGGCAGAGUCCCGCGGCCGCCACAUCGCCAGCGACGGAGGCCGACGGGAGUUGUUCUUUGGGCCGUUUUGUGGACGCGCGUGUCCGGCCCGUUAAGCGUAGUUGCCCGCUUGCCGUGUGCCCCGCGCUGCUGCGUAAGGGAUGGGCUUCGGCGGUGCUGUUGGUCGUGACGUUUGUGAUCCGGGCAUUCUUUUUUCGCGGCUGCAACGCAAUCGCGAUUUUAUGGUCCAGUUGGAAAAACCUUUCGCGGUUACAAACAAAAGUUUUAAAGAAAAAAAUAUAUAGAGAUAAAGAACUGGGGACCAGGAAAGUUGCAUCAAUUUGUUCUGCUGUCCCGUUGCACUUUUUAGUUAUAAAACGCUAUUUUUUCUGUCUUUGCGCCAACACGCAAGUGCCCGUGGCGUGACCCGCCACGCUGCGGUGCCGGGUCGGCUGCGUUCCUGUUUGUCCGUGCGUAGGCCUCAUCGCCUCCGGCUGUGCUCGGCGUCUUGGUCGUGUUCGCGCGAGGCAGCGAGUUGGUCCACGAGUCCAGGGCGGGCGUUUCACUCGUCCAGUACCACCUGACGUCGGCCAUCGCUCGCGUGGUUCCUACUUUACCCCGCGUGGCCAAUCGCGUGCCUCGCCAUUUGAAACGAGCGUCGUUGGCAAAUCAAUCGUAGCCAGUUCUAGAGAUGGGUCCUACGCGAGCUUCGCUACCUCGGCUCGUACCAAAUCUCCGCGCUGUCGGGACUAAGUGAGCGGUGAACGUAAUGGCAAAUUGGAACGUUGGCUUCUUCAUAAUCGCAGUGAGCAAUAACGAAACAGGGUAAUAAUAACCGCGUGGCCCAGAGGUUGACGCGUCGCCACAAGUGCCCAGCGAUUCAUGCGGGGAAUUUACCAAAGCGUGCAGCCUCCUCCUCCGCAGACAUUAAAGGCCUCCCGCCACCCCCCGCCGGCUGUCCUCGUUAACGUGGUCCCUGAGGACGUUCACCGUGUCAGAAUCACAAUGCGAACGAUUUAUUUAUACCGGAGGAGGAAUCGGAAGAGCUAUAAAGCUCUACCUCCCCCCCCCCCCCCCCCCCCAGGGGCACGUGGUCAGAUUCGUUAACCGGGGCCGUCCCCCCUGGAGGGUGGAGAGACGAAAGUGCCCCCCCCCCCACACAACAGGGCCUGCGCGUGUGUGUGUGCGUGUGUGCGAGCGUGUGUGUGUGUGCGUGCACGUGCGUGCGUGUGUGUGCGAUCGCGUUUGCUUUUCUCUGUGUCGCGAAUAAGGUGGGCGGCCGUGGUCUCGCAGCCGAAAUGCGGUGAAGUGACCCGCGGCUACAGCGCAGGGGUGAAAUUCGCUCGUUGGCGUCACACCACCCGCGGACAGGCCCCCCCCCCCCUCCGCCUUGCGGGCCGAGCGAUGAGCACCAUCUCUCCGUGGCAUCGCCGGCAGUUGGGGGGGGGGGGGCAAAACAAAAUAAAAAAAUCGACUCCUCGCAGCGCGCCCGCGAUAUCGGCAGUAAGGACGCGUCUGUCCGUCCGCGUUUCCGCCCCGGCGCAUUUGGGAGAAGGGCGUUUUUGAUCUUGCGGAUUUGCAAUGUGGCCCCGUGCGUCACUCUGAAAGCAGCCCUUCGUUUUUAGAUCCUCCGCUGGACGAGGGCCUCCCACCCCCCCACAACCCUCCCCCCCUCCUCCGAUGCAGUGCAGGUUGUGGAUGAUUGUACGACCGUACUUCAGCAUGCUGCAUCGGUGGUUGGUGGUGAAGGGCCCCGGGUGGUGGUGGAACGCAUUUUUUUUAUUUUAAUGCCUUUCUUUUUUACUUACGACAAUUUUUACGAGGUUAAUUUUCAACAAAAAAAUGGGAAAAUGUUUGCAAUACAGUCGCGAAUUUUAGACCAGGAGCAGGGGGUGGGGUGGAGGGGUGGGGUGGGGGGUGUGGGGGACCCUACGUACCCACAACUUCAAGUCUCGAGGCCCCACGGCCCACGCGAGGCCCCUCCCACUCGGAAACGGCCCACAGGACGCUGCCGCCGCCGCCGCCGCACCUCCCUCCACGAGCUCGUCAGCAGCACUCAUCGGGUACCGGGGGGCAAGGGGCGCGGGGGGGAAUAAUCGCCACCCGGCAACCGCUCCGUGGCGCAAAUUCCUCACCCGCCCUCCGGUCACUUCCGUCAUCGCCAGGGCCUCGACCUGACUCGCGUGCGCGUCGCUACGGCUCAGUGACACGGGCGUGGGGGGGCGGGGGCGGUGUGCGCGUGGUGGUCGUUGCGGCCGCCCCCGGUUUUUGCGAGGUCGGCAAGAGAUUCCUCGCUCCCCGUCGAGGAAUGUUUCGAGAGUUGUGCCGUUUGCAGAACGGGGUGACGGGCGUGCGAAGCGCGGCGGGAGGAUCUUUAACUUUCGCAAAGAGGCGGUGGGAAUGUUGAUGUGCGUGCGUCUGUGCGUCUGUGCGUCUGUGCGUGCGUUGCGCGAGCGAGCGGGGCGGUCGCUCCGGCCGGCUUUGUUCACGUGCUUCGGUGUCGCCGUGUUGGUUUUAGCACGUUGUUGUUGUCGUCGUCGUUUCGUUUGAUGUCGUUUUGUAAUUACAGUACAGUAUAUAUAUUUUUACAGAUUUUUAGUGCCGUCGUCGCCGUGCGUCCGCUUCUCUCCGUUGAGCAUUUUGAAAGAAAAACCUAAAAUAAAAUAAAAAUGCCCCCCUUUGUGUGUU